AGUGUUUUUUUGAUUGUCGAAAAGCCACAUUUUUCUACAGAUUUAUCAGCCGAGUUCUUAAAUCUGUAAUUUUGUUUACUUCUUUUAAAAAAAAUAAAAGUCAUUGAUAAUUUAACGUUACCUAUUUAAUAGACAAAUCACAACGUGAUUCGUGCCUCUCCGCAAUUGGUGAAAUAUGAUAAAAUAUAUCAUAAUCAUGUUAUUAUUUUUGUUCAUCAUAAUAUUAUAUUUUCUUAUUGAUUUCUUAUUGUUUUUACAUUAUUAUCCGUUUUAAACACCAUCACAAUACCGUGCUACGCCUACACUGUAAUUUAAUUUCAUUAUCAAAGCGAUCAAACGAUAAGCCGACCGCCGAUAACAACAGUUUUUCUUAUCUAAACCCCAAAGUUUACAAUUUAUCAACAAUAUUAUAAGAACUCUAAAAAAUCAGCGGCGUUUGAUUACUAAACGAAAACACCUAUCCGUACCUACCUCAGUUUACGUUUCAUCAAAUGUUUCAAUAUGUUAUUGUAAUGUUUAUACGAAAGACGUGCUAAAUGAAAUAAUAAUUAAUGUAACUAAAAAAAAAAAAACAAAUACAACACACACACAAUUAUGUAUAAUAUAUUCAAACUUUUGUUUUCAAUUUUGUUGUUUAUUGCACAUUUUUUGUACGCUUUUUAUUUGUGGCUUGUGAAUCAAACAAUAUACUUUAAACAACUCGAUGAUCCUUGGCUGAAUCGUUCGACCGCCGAAGAUUACAAGUACAGUUUAAGAAAAACUCCCAGCCACUUGGUGGUGUCCGUUUGCCAAGAAGAAGUGUCUUACGACGACUUGUCUAAGCUCAUAGCUUGGUCGUUGUUUCUAGAAAUACCCAUCAUUAGUUUCUACCACAACAAUAAUGGUAUAAUACCUGAAAAAGUAUUUCAUGUGUUUAAGAAGAAAUACCAAAAUCUUCUUCCAAAAUUAAAGUGGGGAAUAGAAUUCAACGACGACAUUAAAUUUGAGUCUAAAAACUCAAUUAAUGGCUAUAAAUGGGAGCCAAGAAUUGAAGUAAACGUACUAACGUCCAAACAUUCCAAAUUACAAUUAGUAAAUGUUUUACAAAAUGUUUGCCAUUCAAAAGAAGAAUUUUCAGAUAAACUGGUAGAAUCCGUCAUCGGAAAUAUAUAUCCCCUGAUCGAACCAGAUUUAGUAGUAAUUUGUGGCGAUUCAUGUACGACGUUUGGCCUAUUACCAUGGCACACUCGCGUUACAGAAUUUUUGAUACUAAAAACUCACUAUAACGUGAAAUUUUGUAAAUUUUUCAAAUUGAUGGAAACAUUUAGCAGACAUGAGCAAAGAUAUGGAAAGUGAACCAUUUUUAGAUUUUUUUAAUUACAAUAUGUAAAUAUAUGUAAUUACUUUAUAUAUUUUUGGAAUCCUUGUUAUGAAAUGUUUUCUAUGUUAAUAAAUUAUUUAUUUAACAGUCAUUAAAUGUAUAUAUCGACUGAA